AUGUCGCUGGCUCUGGUCCAGUACUCAGACUCCGAAUCCGAUGAUGCAGAUACCAAAAUACCCGGUUAUGCCCUGAAGCGCAAACGCAGCGCCGAGGGCCAAGCAAGCACCAGCCUGCCGCCGCUUCCGGCUGCAUUCCACGACCUCUACUCCACGAACGCCCGUGCGAGCACCAGCGACGACCCCAGCCUCCACGGUGGGCGCAAACGCGCGGUCCCGCAUAUCGAGGGGAACUGGCCUAGCCACGUCUACAUCGAGUGGUUGCCGUCUCAGGCUGAAUUUCAAAAGUUGAACAGCCUGAUAGCGCAUGUUCGAGAAGCCCUGGAAGGUGCCAACAGCCGCCUGAAGAAGCAAUUGCCGAUCCCUGAGAUCCACCCUUCGCUUCUGUCUGAGCUAGGCACGCCAAUCCCUCUUCACAUCUCGCUAUCGCGAACGCUGCAGAUCAAGACAGAUGACCGAGAACCUUUUCUUGAAACCCUGACCACUUCUCUCCGGAAAGCAGCUGUGCGACCAUUCAAUGUCUUAUUUACAGGAUUGAAGUGGGUUCCCAACUACGAACGCAACCGCUGGUUCCUUGUUCUGGGGAUUGAGCGGCCGGCCCAGGAUGAGCUAAACAGGCUUCUCCAUGCCUGCAAUGACGCAGCCGAGAGGUCUGGACAUCCACCGCUCUACGUGGGCGGGAAGGGUGAUGGGCCAAUGGAAGAUAAUACUUCCACCAACCUCUCAAGCAAGAGAAGGAAAAGCAUUCAUGAUGAAGAUACGGCAAAGAAGGCCAAGGCAGCCUUCGACCGUACCCAGAACUACCACGUCAGCAUCGCUUGGAACCUGACGGAACCUGAUCCCGAAUGGAUCACCCUUGCGCAAAAUGUAGACGUGUCGAAGUUCAUUGAUACCCCACAGACACCUUUUGAGGUGGUCAAAGCCAAGAUCGGGAAUGUUGUCCACAACAUCGAGUUGGAUCCCAGAAGAGCCAGCCUUGGUAAGAAAGGCGGUUUGCUAGGACUUGGAUGA